AGGCUCCGCUUCAGAUCGCCCGUACCGCUUCCGAACGCGAAAACUGUUGUUUCGAAUAUAAACCGUUCUACUGUGAAUCCGAACUCCCUUCCCCGCCCUCCGGGAUCUCAGGCAUCGAGGACUUUGUGUCGACAGUUGUUCAACUCGACCGAGUUCUUCACGGAAUCUCCAUCCACGGAGCCGAUCGGAGUACUUUUCGGCUCUUUGCCGCCGCUCGAAUCCGGCGACAGCAACAACCACCAUCACCGACAGAAUCAAAACAAGAACAUCAGAAUAAUCAUCAGGCUGCGGAAAGCCUCAAGUGAAAUACAGAGCAAAUUACAUUCUCCGCGUCGAGGCAAAGGAUAAGCAGUCGGCAGGCAUCAUGAGUGACCAGAUCGAUGCCGAGGAUGUCAAGAGCAUCGAAGUUACUACCAAGAACUGCGGCAAACUCCACGUCCAUGUCCAGGGUGAUAUCGAGAAUCUGGAGAAGAAAGCCGUUUUCCUGACCGUUCAUGAUAUCGGAAACAAUCAUUCAUCUUUCCACGACUUUGUCGAUCACCCUUGUAUGUCCGAGAUUAAGCAGAGAUCCGUUUUUAUCCACGUCGACAUCCCGGGUCAACAUGACAACUCUGACGACCUACCUAACGACUUCAACUUCCCCACCAUUCAGCAAAUCGGAGAAGACCUGGUUCAGGUCCUGGACCACCUCAAAAUCAAAAUUGUGGUGGGAUUCGGUGAGGGUGCUGGAGCCAACAUACUGGUCCGCUUCGCGCUCGCCCAUACAUCGCGAAUCCUGGGACUGGUCCUGAUCCAUCUCAUAGCCACCGGAGUCGGCAUGAUGGAAUACUUCAAGGACAGGUUCCUCAACUGGAAGCUCUCCAGUGUUGGUAUGGAUCAAUCAGCAGAACAAUACCUGGUUUAUCACAAAUUCGGUGCCCAUCUCGAGAUGGUUGAUAACAAAGAGACCCUCAUCUCCGAGUACACCGAGAAAUUGAAGAAACAAGUGAAUCCGAGGAACCUCAAGAAAUAUGUUCAAUCGUACAUGAACCGCAAGGACAUCAGCGCUCUCAUUGCGAACAGCUUAAGAAAUGUUGAUAUCCUGCUGGUCACAGGCAGCAAAGCUGCCUAUGCGGCGGAUGUAGAGAAGGAAUACCAGAAGAUGGGCAAGGAGAAAACAUCCAUCCUAAAAAUCAACGACGUCGCUGAUGUCAUGCAGGAAGCUCCCGAGAAACUAGCCCAAAGUCUCUUACUCUUCGUCAAGGGACUGGGAUUCCUGACCUCCAUCACCCUCCCGGGUGUAGAAAGGCAGAGAACCUUCUCCGGGGGUGACCACAAGAUGCUGGGCGCUGUCGGCCGCCGAAGGACGCUUUCGAUGGAGGAGUACGACCUUCCUCGAGCUCGCAGGACCUCGCUUACAGCAAACAAGUAGAGAAUAGAGUUGAAGUGUCUUGUUUUCUCUCCAAACGUCACUCACAAUCGGCCGAAUAUGUCUUCAUUACGGCCACGGAUGUUCGGAUCUGAAUGACCUCGGCGAUCUAUCAUUCUCAGAAAGCGAGCAGUCAUUGAGUUCAUGAAAUUCAAUUGCCGAGUUUCUCAUUUUCGAAUGCUUCGAAUACCCAGAGCUCGAUUCCUUUGAUUACAUGAUGUUUGGCGAAAACAUGGCCCGUGCUCACCGAGAACAAGAGCCGAAAUGGGAUAAGCGAAAUGGGACUGGCGCUUUCGACGAGAGUUUCAAAUACUGUUACUCUAUUCGAUUCAUUGACAGCGGCCUUCCGGCGCCCGCAGUUUGUGUUCCUAAACCCUGUCAGACAGAACCUACAUGAACCCCCAAUUCUUGUCGCGUGCGACUCGCGUCGAUCAAGAUAUUUGUUCCGUUUUUCACUCGAAAUGUGGAAUUGAUGGCUGGUGUGCUAUCAUUCGCCGCCACCGUGAUCACUUAUAUAAUUGUAUACGCAAUCAAGCUUCCCGCGUCCUGCACCACUGCGUUCAUCGGUGGUCUUCCGAAGUCUCCAUAUGUCCAGCGCAUUUGUUCUAGCUUCGAGCCGAUCGUCAUUCGACGAUACCUUAGAAGCUUUCGUCCUCCCCCGCCCGCUCCAUGAAUCUAUCGAAAUCCAACCAUGAAUCUUAGCGACCCGACGAUAGGAAUCGGGAUGAGUUGCUUUCUUACGGAAUGUUCAUCGGAUCCGUGGCAGUACGGUGCUGAAACAGGCACAACUGAGUGGGCUCAUUCUCAUAGCAUGUGAAAAGAGGUCCUCAGAUUAGCCGAGUCAGCUGCCUGAGAGGUUACUCGUCCGAUUUUCCGAGUUCACGAAUAACUCGGAUCCCUUUUUCUGAUAAUCGCUUUUAGAGACUCAUGACCGCGCAAAACACCACGCCGUCCGAUUCAGAGGCGGCGUUAUUCCUGACAAGUGACUUUAUGUCGCAUAUAUACAAGCCUUAUCUCGCAUGGAAAAUGAGUAUGACGGGAGAGACGCCGUCAAGCAGGAUUCCGGAUCGGCACGUACAGAUACCCAAACUGCCACGCACUGUCGUGGGAUCAAAACCAAUUGAUUGGCCGCAUGAUCUACAAUUUGAUAGAUAUUUUAGAGAAAAUGUUAACGAUAGUUGAUGAGGGUGAGUCAAUCAGAGGCGAUCCCUGAGCGGGAGUAGAAUGAACAUUGUUUAGCGGAAUACCCUGUUAUCAGUUGGACAAUAUUGUACUGAGUCAGCAAUUACUUAGGCGGACUGGCCUCGGCAACCAAAAACACGAUAUGGCGAUUGGCACGAUAGAUCUAUGUCGCGUUAAUUAAGCGCUUGGGAGCAGUGAUCGAAAAACAAACUUUGAACACAAGUCGGAUAUUCUUGCGAUAAAUAUCGUUUGGCGAAAAUUCUGCAGUUUCGUUGGACGAUUGACGUUUUGUAGACUUUUCUUUGACACUAUUCUCGUUCUGUAAUAGUUUGCCGUCGCAAUAAAGAUAUCUUGAGUGAGAA